UCAAUAAAUUCAACAGAUUCCUACCUUUUUAUUACUAACAACAUUUUACAGUUCCUAAAACUAUUUAUUUACAGGUAAAUAAAGGUUUUUUUCAGAAGUAAACAAUACACUUAAUAUACUUUAUCAUUCAGACUUAGUACGUACUACAAAAUUUUCAAACGUAUUUUACAUUUUUAAAAAUCUGGCUCUAGCUGGUGAUUGCACAGACAGCAUAAUAUUUUAGAAAUGUGUCUGCUAUUUGUGCUACUUGUAAGUUAUUAUUUUACUACACAAUGUGAGACUUCAUUGCGUAUAUAUGGAGGCAGAGAUGCUGCUAGAGGUGAAUUUCCUUAUGUAGUUCGAAUAGAGGAGCAUACAACUCUUUUUUUUAAUGGAAAGACAGAGAGAGAAAUUUGGAAUCGGUGUACAGGUGCCGCCCUCACUUCAUCUUGGAUUCUGUCUGCGGCACACUGCGUCGAAGAAGAUGACUUUAACAACAAAAAUAAAAAACUGGCUGCAAGAUAUAAUAGCUAUUUUCCGAAAUAUCCGGGAAAAACAAGUACUAUUUUCGAAGCCAAAAUACAUCCCACAUAUACAUCUUACUUAGGCUAUGUAGAAGAUCACAAUAUUGAUAACGAACUCAAGAAUGAUCUAUGCUUAUUUCGGAGCGAAGGUAUCGUGGUAAAUCAUUACGGGAAGUUAAGUCCAGUUGACUAUAGAACCCUGAUUGGUCAUGAGGCUUAUACUCUCGGAUUUGGAGGAACUAAUGCUUCGGAGUAUCGUAAACCUCUGCAAGUACUCAAGGGAAUGUUAUAUGAGUGCAACAAAGAGUAUACUGAUUCUAUUUAUGAGUUAUGUCUUAUGCCACAGUGUGGCAUACAAACCACGAUCUGCGGAGGCGAUUCAGGUGGUCCCGUUGUCCAUCCUUCAGGAAUAGUGGGUGUUAACUCCGAUUCUGUAGGAGAUUGUGACGAGUACUCUACAUCUUUAAAUGUUCCGGCCGGUACUGCAGCGGAUAUUUUAGCAACGUGUGGAAACCAGCCUAGGAGGAAGAAAGAAAAAGUGAGUAAGUUGUUGGGAGAGUCAGAAAGGUUUGCCCAGCUGUGGGAAAGUCACAGGCUGUUCCUAUACAUUUUGAAUGUAGUUCAAAUCGCAGUUUGA